UAGCUGAACGGUUUCAAUAAUUGGGAACGAGAAGAGAACAAGAAGGGAACGAAGGGUAGAAAUGGUGUCCCCCAGAGACAAGCAAAUCUGGUCCGAAAUAUACUAGGACGUCCAUUUCAACAGGUGUCAAGGUGAGAACCUCCGUCGGCGAUUGCCGGUGUAACUUGAACUCAAAAAAAAAGUUCAACUCCAACCAAGUGCACUGUCUCGGAUUAUCGAGGUAAGGACAGAUGCAUGAGUCUACCGUUUGAAAGAUGAAAAUUCAAUCUACAGGACCUCUAUGUUGCUGAAACCUCCCCCCAUCCAUCGCCUCCCACCCGAACUGCUGUCAGAAAUUUUCCACUGGUACUUGACCGACAGUACAUUCUACAAUGUAGCCGUGGUCAGAGAUGGACCAUGGCUUCUGAGCCAUAUCUGUCGCCAGUGGAGGGAAAUCGCUAUCUCGUUGAACUCUUUGUGGUCUUCUUUUUUUAUUGCAUCGCCGCUGCCCAGCAUCAAAGACCCCGAAGCACUGUUACAAACAGUGCUUAAGCGUUCUGAAGGAUCGCCGUUGUCAUUCGGAAUGUGGCUAGAGCGGGACAUUUCGUUGUUGGAAAUGCCUAUGAAGGGAAUCAUUACCGAGCUCGCUGCUCACUCCACUGCCUGGAAAGACGUUAAAUUCGGGAUGUCCUCAUACAACCAUUUUAACGAAGUUGUAGGUCUGUUCUCUGAUUUGACCGUCCAGCCUUCACUUUUGGAAACACUCCAUAUCAACAUUUCAUCCCUGGACGCUCAUGAACCUGACCAGCAUCCAAUCACUAUCUUCGCUGACGCUCCCAUGUUACGUUCAGUCUCCAUCCGUCCAUUCUUUCCAAUGUGUCUCCCUUGGUCCCAGAUGACAUAUUUGUGCACAACCGACCUAUCCCUGGAGCAGCUGCUACACAUCUGUCGCGUGGCUGUACAUCUGGAGACCUUUUUAAUGGAAUGUGUCCACAUAGACCCUCAGGGAGACACCCCAAUACCGGUAACAAACAACGCGAUAAAGACGUUACAGACAUGGGAUUUCGAAUUCCUUCCAUAUCUGACACUGCCUUCUCUUACGUCUUUACACAUAGACGAAUCUAGCGAAAUGGACGAGGUGUCACUUUUAGGUGUGAACGAGGCUGCAGUUAGAGGUUGGGACAAGGUGUCUCGAUUUGUCGGUCGUUCUGGUUGUCGCCUGAAAAGCUUGCGAAUCACUAUCGACAUGGCAUCUGACGAUCUGUUGACUAUGCUCCGUACAGCCAUGACCGAUGUUACGGACAUAACAUUCGUAAACGAAACAGGUUCCACCUCGCAGAGUUCGCUCUUGCUGGCUUUACAGAAAGAUCCGCACAUUUUGCCCAAGCUCGAGAGGCUGUACUUCAGUGGCUCAAACAGUCGGGAUCAUUGUGAUUUGAAGGAGGUGCUAGAAUUCGUCCAAAGCCGUUAUGGGAAUGGAAUGGGAUCGUUGAAAUCCCUUCACAUCGAUUGCGAGAGGCUAUUUCCGGAGGAGGAUGAGCUACUCUUCGGUGAUGAGGACCGAAGGUUUUAUUUGGACCAGUUGAAAGUCUUCAUCGAUGACGGCCUUGACCUUGUCAUUGACCUUGACGAAGAGCUCAUCGAAAUAUGAGAAGGCAGCUUUCGGCAGAACUCCAGAAUCAUAUCUCGACGUCUUCCCCAAGACACAUUUUUGGAAUCAUGGUUUGGCAUGGAGAAGGAGCUCAUAUACCCGACUUGAAGUACCUACCCGCUCAGAGAGCUUGUAAUAAGUGCCGACAACGUUUGCGUUAUGCUACCGGGAUUUGCGCAAUCGAUGUUCCUGACUUACUGACACACAAAGUUCGAAUAUCAACUACAACGUCAUUACUCGAUAACACUUUCGCAGGAAUGACAGAAGCGCAGCUCCCACGAACUGCCACUGUAAGGAAGGAAAAGUGUGGUUUUCAGUUGACAGGAAUGGGGAUAUCAUUGACGUGUGAAAGAUACACGUGUUUGCUACACGAUCAUAUCCCGAAUGAUCUUAUCCUCCUCGAAUGCA